AUCGGGGAGGCAGGAAUCGCCCGCUUUGAAACGGAGCUGCAUGUACCGUAAAGACUCUUAUACGAAACAGAUACUGGGCUGCAGCUGUUAGGCCGUACAAACUAAGACCGACAAACACAGACAGAUUUGUUUAUAUGCUUAGAAUAUAAACAGAAGAGUACCGUUUAUGCUAAUUACUUAGUUUCUUAAGACAUCGACUCGUUUUGCAUUACUAAAACGAAAUAUUUAUAUGCAUAUAAUUACCGACGAGUUAUUAGAGGUGGGGAAAAUAACCAUAUUAACAUUUACUUAUACUUGACUUUUAUCUGUUCAAGUUUCGGCUGCAGCUCAUUUCUAGAAUUGCUUGUAGAUGCGACAGAAAUGCUGAGCUGCCUUUUCUUCAUUUACUGCUUUUUGAGUGGCACCCUUUCGCAAAAUGUUUUGUCUUCCAAGGAAUCACCUGAAGGAUCUUGUGGCAGACUGUGCUCUUGCACAGAAAAAGACAACAUGCUGUAUGUAAACUGUGAGGAAAAGAAUAUUGACAGCAUUGCUAAAAUAAAGCUACCACCAGCCAGACCAUUCCACCUUAAUCUGUAUAAGAAUGACCUUGUGGAGUUGCUUCCGGAGGGAUUAAUAGGUCUGAAGAAUGCCCAUUCACUUAAUCUUGGUGGAAACAGCAUCCAGCAACUGGAACCUGGGGUUUUUCAUGCACUCAGCUUCCUGAAGAAGCUCUACAUUAACAAAAAUUUUUUAGUUGCGUUAAAAGAGGACACUUUCCUGGGUUUGGUCAAUUUGGAGUACCUCCAGGCAGACACAAACUUUAUUGAAGUUAUUGAACAUGGAACUUUCAAUAGACUUAUACACCUCAAAGUUCUGAUACUAAAUGACAACUCCAUCAGAGUCCUUCCAAGAAACAUUUUUCGCUUUGUUCCACUUACGCAUUUAGACCUGCGCGGAAACCAACUGCAGUCGCUGCCUUAUGUGGGUUUUCUUGAGCAUAUUGGCCGUAUUGUGGAGCUUUUGUUGGAGGACAAUAAAUGGCUGUGCGACUGUGAAAUGCUUCUUCUAAAAAUUUGGAGGGACACCAUGGUGACACAGUCAUCCGUCAGCGAGGUUGUGUGUGACAGUCCAGCCAAUCUGAAAGACCAUUCCCUCAGCAACAUCAUGAAGGACGAUUUGUGCCCUACAUACGGUGACACCAGCUUAGAGGAAUCUUCCAAGUCAUUGAAUAUGGUUGCUACACCAUCUUCAAAAAUCCUAAAGUUGGUUAUUGCAAGUGACGAUGCAAUAUUCACGACACCAACACCCGUACUAACAUCUGACGUCGCUUGUGUUGAACUCUGUUCUUGUUUAAUCAGCUCAACUGCUGGUUUUUUAAUCCAUUGCGAGGACAAAGGUAUUAAAAGAAUGUCUGAGCUUGGAUUUCUGCAUCAAAGUCCCACAGAUCUUGUCUUGACGGGAAAUAUGAUUCAGAGACUUUUACGGGAUGAUUUUGUUGCAUAUGAAAGUUUGGUAUUGCUGAAUUUGGCAAACAACAAAAUUGAUUAUAUUGAAAAUCAAAGUUUUCUCUGUUUAGGGCUACUACAAAAGCUCAAUCUCAAUGGAAACCGAAUUGAUCAGUUAUUCUCAGGUAUGUUUUUCGGACUUAACAGCCUUGAGCAGUUGUAUUUAGAGUACAAUGUAAUUGAAGGCAUCCAUCCAGGUUCAUUUAGUGCCUUGCCUAAUUUGAAAAUCCUGUCUUUAAAUGGCAAUCUUCUUCAUAAACUUCCACCCUAUAUAUUUCACCAUCUGCCACUAAUUAAAGUAAACCUAAUGAAUAAUGCAUUUAAGCACCUGCCUGUGAUGAAUGUAUUGGAUCAGUUGAUAGCUCUGAGGCAGAUUUUUUUGGAUGACAACCCAUGGGACUGCACUUGUGAUCUGGUUGAUUUUAAGCAAUGGGUUGAGACCCUACAAAAGUAUAGUGUGUCGGGUAGUAUUUUGUGUCAGACUCCAAAUAAAAUAGCUAAAACGAAGCUGGAGAUUGUGAGUCAGGAAGUCAUGUGUCCUGACCUAGUGACAUUCUUACCAAUGCCAACUGGUACGUUUGCUCACGGUGUGCCUUUCCCCUCCACAACCAUUAAAAGUACAGGUUUCUACCACCAUUUCACUGUCUCUGUCCCAUUUUCAGUCUUUAUCGUAAUAUUUUUGAUUUUUCUUCUUAUAGUCGUUUUUUCUGCCAGUGGGAUUGUUUUUUUGAUUGUGCAUCGAAAACAAAGGUCAAAGAAGAAACACAGAGAGGAUCGGCCCCAAGACGGCGGCCCAGUGGAUGUGAAACAUGGCAUGUCUGCCCAAAAGAACUGUUGUCCUUUGACUGAGAGGAAGACAGAGAAUAUAAAACAGGACCCCACAUACAGCCCCGCUGCCACAGAUUGGUAUAAUCAUGACUGCCAUACUCAUUCGAAAUAUCAGGGGAAGGAAGACAGAAGUCAGAAUCACCAGGAAGAAAUAGAAUUAUUGUCACGGAGUUUAGUCUAUGCUGCACCACGAGGUGUCGUGUUGGAUUGGACUAAAAAUGAGCAUUUUGAGCUUAAAGGCAAUUCACAGACAGACCCAGAAUACCUAGAAAUAAUAAAUCAUCAUAAUCAUCAUUUGCAAUAAAAAUGAGUUUUUGUACCAUGGGUAGUUUUGCAUUAAGCCUAUAAAUUAUUUUGAAUCCAGUUUCAAAUAAAUUAUUAUCAUUUUAUUUCUU